AAUCCACAAAUCAACACUAAUUACUCUAGCUGUAAUUAAUGACGACGACGAGUACUCGUAGCCGUUAUCUUUUUACUCUCUCCCUCAGCCUCCUACUCAGCCUCUCCGCCACCCACGCCGAUGACGGCGGCGUCACCUACUCCAUCACCAACAACGUCCCCGCAACCAAAGGUGGCUCGAGGUUCCGUUAUCGCAUCGGCGCCGUCUGUGCCAGAGAGGCCAUGGUCUCGGCCACGUCAUUCAUAUGGCUCACCUUCGGCCAAGCCAAUAUCCCCAAGGACAGAAAGCCCGUCAGCCACGUCAGACUGUCCAUCGACGCGAUGGACGGCGGCGGCAUCUCGUCCUACACCCCGGGUGUGAUCCACAUCAGCGCCACCUACCUCGGGGACUACGAGGGUGACGUGGCGAGGGAGAUGGUUGGGCUGAUAUACCACGAGAUGACGCACGUGUGGCAGUGGGACGGGAACGGGCAGGCUCCACCAGGCCUGGUGAGUGGGAUCGCCGACUUCAUGAGGCUGAAGUCUGGCCACGGGCCGGGUAACUGGGCCGGCCCCGGAAAGGGUGACAGGUGGGACCAAGGGUAUGAAGUAACGGCGAGGUUCUUGGAUUACUGUGAAGGCCUAAUGGAAGGGUUUGUGGGGGAGCUGAAUCGGAGGAUGAGGUUCGAGUAUAACCCGAACUUCUUUAAGCACUUGCUUGGGAAGAGCAUUGACGAGCUUUGGGCCGAGUACAAGAACAAGUUCAAGCUUAAUUAGUGGGAAUCUAAAUCGUUAUACAUCACAUCGUAUAAUGAUAUAGUUUUAUCAAUUUAGCAUUUUGAGCUAAUUGAGGUAUUUUGAGGGUUGUUAAAGUUUCAAGUUUGAGUUAUCUGUUAUUCAUGAAACGGAUCCAUGAAUCAAUGUUUGAUACUACA